AUGCCUAACACCGUCAAGCUUGCAGAAUACUUGCUCACACGCCUCCACCAGCUCGGAGUGCGAUCGAUCCACGGAGUCCCGGGCGACUUCAACUUGAAACUCUUGGACCAUGUCGAGCCCGCAGGAAUACAUUGGGUCGGCAACGCCAACGAACUAAAUGCGGGAUAUGCAGCGGAUGGCUACUCACGGAUCAAUGGUGUCGGAGCCCUCAUAACGACGUUCGGAGUCGGCGAGCUCUCAGCCAUCAACGCCAUCGCCGGUGCAUACUGUGAGCGGGCACCAGUGGUGCAUAUAGUUGGGACUCCUCCAAGACCAACACAAGACGCUCGGCUCAGGGUCCACCACACUUUUGGCGAUGGCGAGUUCGCCCGCUUUGGCCAGAUGCACGCCCACGUUACAGUGGCACAGGCGGGUCUAUGGGAAGCGCAAUCGGCCCCAGAGCAGAUUGACACGGUUUUAAAGCAAUGCAUCCUCCACAGCAGGCCCGUCUAUAUUCAGGUGCCAGUGGACUUGGUUGACGCGCCUGUCGAUGCUGGCCGGUUAACGUCGGAGCCUCUAUCACUUGACAUGACUUCAACCGAAGCCACCACACCCUCGCAGGAUCUGGCACUGUCAGUAGUAUUGGAGAAGAUCAAAUCCGCCCAACAACCCAUGAUUCUGGUAGAUGGCGAAACGAGGGCCCUUCGCAUCACCGACGACGUCCAAAGCAUCGUCCAAACCACCAAAUGGCCCACCUUCGUCACCAAUUUCUCCAAAGGCCUUGUGGACGAGACGGCUUCAAACGUCCAUGGAAUCUACCGAGGCAGCUAUGAUCCCAAGGCUAAGACGUUUGUGGAUAGCUGCGAUCUCGUCCUCUGCUUCGGCCCUCACUUUACCACGACCAACUCGGCGCAAUCAUCCGCCAUUCCUCCCAAAGCAGUGACAAUCAGCUUUACCGACAAUGAGAUACAGGUAGGCGAGCAAACAUAUCGCGACAUCCACGUCAAGUCUGCUGUGUCUCGACUCCGGAAGGAGCUGAGUAUCUUGGGCCACACGCCCUCCUCCACCCAUUCUGCCUUCGAUUCUGAAGACACCACCAUCUCCUUGGCAUCGCUACCCAGCGACGAGACCCUCACCCAAGCCAAACUGUGGCGUGCAUUCUCUGGCUUUCUCCGACCAGGCGACAUCGUCAUGGGCGAGACCGGCACAGCAAGCUACGGCAUCCAGGAGCUCCAGCUCGCGAGCCACUCGCGCGCCUUCGCCGCAGUGACUUGGCUCUCAAUCGGAUACAUGCUCCCCGCCGCCCAGGGUGCAGCGCUCGCGCAACGAGAGCUCGUCGCCUCGUCCGCAUACCAUGGCCUUUCCCAAGCCCGCACAAUCCUCUUCAUCGGCGACGGCAGCUUCCAAAUGACCGUGCAAGAGCUCGGCACCAUCAUCCGCGAAGAUCUCGACGUGAUCGUCUUCUUGCUCAACAACGACGGCUACACGAUCGAACGGGCCAUUCACGGCCUGUAUCAAAAGUAUAACGACGUGGCUCGUUGGAAAUACCUUGAAGCGCCCAAGUUCUUAGGCGCCGAUGCCGGCGUUUUCACGGCCCGUGUCAAGACUUGGGGAGAUCUGCAGACCGUGUUUGCGGCGGAAGAAUUCACCAACGGCAAGGGCCUGAGGAUGGUGGAGAUCAUGCUGGAUCGUGAGGAUGUGCUGGAGGGCCCGUUGCUGGAUCUGCUCCUAGAGGAGAAGAAGACUGCGGCGCAAGUUAAUGGGAAGGCUUGA